AUGGGUCCACCGUCUUCGUUCCGUGCGGUCUACAAAAUGAUAGACGACCAGGAGAUUGACGUGGAUGUUUAUCUACCUCAACCGCAAGCUAUUGCGACCAACGGAGUCAUCAACAUCCAUGGAGGCGCCUUCAUGCUCGGUUCGUCGGACAUGGUCAACAAAGACCAAGUUCAAGACUGUCUAGACCGAGGAUGGAUUGUCCUGGCUCCCAAUCACCGCCUGUGUCCUCAGGUCGACUUGUAUGACGGUCCGAUGCGAGACUGCCGUGACCUCCUCAACUGGGUCUACAGCGGCGAUCUGCAAGACGUUGUGUCAUCCAUCCCGGAUGGUCCCUAUCCUCUCGAUCUCGAUCAUGUCUUUGCUUUCGGCACGUCAUCUGGCGGGACAUUGGCUCUGAGUCUUGGCUUCGGGGUCCCUCAGCCAGUUGCUGGCAUCUUCGACAUGUACGGGCCAUGCAACUUCUCAAAUGCCUUUUGGACAACUGAGCUGCCGCAGGUAGCUGCCAAACUACCGCCAGGACUCACCGAGAAAUUCAUUAACCAAGUCUAUACUGAGAAGCCGGUGCCCACUCGCGGUGGCGUCUCGCUGGAAGGCCAGGCUCCCGGCGCGCCAAACUUCAGCGACCCGCGGCAAGCGUUUGCGUUUACGCAGAUUGCCCGGGGCACAGUUCUCAAGGCGAUCUAUCCUAAGGGGGACCUGGAUAGGAUAGAUCCCGUGAGGAACAUCAGCGCUUCCUUCCCGCCUACCUUGAUUGUGCAUGGGACGGAGGAUGAUAUGGUCCCGAUUAGUCUGAGCAGGGACCUGUACCGGGAACUGCAGAAGUGCGGCGUCAAGUGUGGGAUGGAGGAGGUCCCUGAAGAGGGGCAUACGUUUGCUGCCAAGAUGAAAGUAGGAUCCCGGACUUGGGAGCUUCAGCGAAGGGGUUUUGACUUUCUGGAGGGACUGGUACGAGGAAAAUAG